AUGGCGUCCUUCCUCUUGCUAUUUGUGUUUUCCGCUUUUGCCAUCCUGUCGACGGCAUUCUGGUGGUUCAUCUUGCGCAAAGUCGGCUCGAGCUCUCCAGGCGAAGAGGAAGCAGACAUGGAAUACAACGGCGGCAGCGAAAAGGCCGAUCACCUCUGCGUGCUCGUCCACGGCCUCUGGGGCAAGCCGGCGCACCUGAAAUCCGUGGCCAAGGCCCUGCGCGACGAGUUCUCCGAGGACAGGGUGCACAUCCUCGUGGUCAAGAGCAACGCCGGCUACAACACCUACGACGGCGUCGAGACGGGCGGCGAGCGCGUGUGCGCCGAGAUCGAGGAGGAGCUCGCCAGCAUCGAGCGCAAGAGGCGGAGCAACGGAGGGGCCGACAACAAGAAGAGCGGCCGCGAUGAUGACGGCGGCGACAGGCAGAUCAAGAAGCUCAGCGUCGUGGGCUACUCGCUCGGCGGGCUCGUCGCGCGCUACGCGAUAGGUCUGCUGUACGCGAGGGGCGCCCUCGAGGGGCUCGAGUGCAUGAACUUCACGGCCUUUGCCUCGCCCUUCCUGGGCACGCGCUCGCCGCUGAAGGGCUGGGCCAACACGCUCUUCAACGUCCUGGGCGCGCGCACGCUGUCGGCCUCGGGCCACCAGCUCUUCGGCAUCGACUCGUUCCGCGGCACGGGCCGCCCGCUGGUCGCCGUGCUGGCGGACCCGUCGUCCAUCUUCAUGGCCGGCCUGCGGAGGUUCAAGAGGCGCACGCUCUACGCCAACGUGGUCAACGACCGCACGGCCGUGUACUACACCACGGGCAUCUCCAAGACGGACCCCUUCGCCGACCUCGAGGCCGUCACGCCCCGCUACGUGCCCGGCUACGAGGACGUCGUGCUCGACCGCGACGAGCCGUGCUCGCCUCGCGGCGGGAAAGGCCAGGCUCCCCCGACUACUUCCCUGCGCGACGCGGCGCACAGGUACAUGACCCGCGUGCCGCUGGUCCUGGCGCUGAGCGUCCUGCUGCCCGUCGGCGUGGUGGCGUACCUCGCCAACGCCGGGUGGCAGACGGUGCAGUCGUCGCGGCGGCGGCAGCUGCACGAGGCCGGGCAGGGCGGCGUCGACGUCGCGCCGUACCGCGAGAGCCCUCCCUUGCUCAAGGACCUGCGGCAGGCCGUCGAGGGGGCGUACGAGGAGAUCACGGCGGCCAACGCGGAGGAGUACCUCGACCAUGACGGCGGCGACGACGACGACGGCGGCGCGGUAGACAGCAGCAGCGGUAGCAGUAGCGGCAGCGACUCGGACAGCCAGCACGGAGCAGCAGGAGGGGACGCGCAGGAGGACAUGCUGGGCAAGAAGAUGAAGAAGGACAAGACGAAGAAGCUCACUCGGUCCCAGAGCGCUUCGCACGACCGGCGCGUCCUGCGGCGCGAGCGGCGGCUGUCGGCCGCGCGGGCGGAGCCGACGCUCGCGCUGGCGGCCUACCAGUUCGAGGCCGUCGACGGGCUCGACUCGCUCGGCUGGCGCAAGUACCCCGUCUGGAUCCACGACGUCGGGCACAGCCACGCCGCCAUCAUCGUGCGCAUGGACAAGCCCAGCUUCCGCGAGGGCUGGGUCGUGCUGCGGCACUGGGUCAAGGAGGAGUUUCUGCUGUGA